GGUCGUUGRUUGCAAAAAGUGGCAAGUAAAUCUAAAAUGUGCUACGUUUUCUCGAUGAUUUCACUARAUUCUAAGAAGUUAACUUUUAUCAUUACUGUUUGAAUAAGGCUUAUAGAAUUAGAGUUUUCAAAACUUGUGUCUUUGAAAAAAUGAUCACCGUCAUGGUUGUUCAUUGAGUCCUUGUUCUUCAUCAACUAACGUUGUAGAGUUGGUGAUCGUUGACUGCCAAGAAAAAGUGUUACGGUUUUCUUCUGGAGUGGACCUAUCAUGGCUAAGACCUUUCCUUCAAGUCAACUUGAAGAGGAAAAACUUCCUGAACCCAACUACCUUCCAGGGGAAAUCAUGGUUGCCUGUGCCAGGAAAGUGCUAAGAUUCAGCGCAAUGACARAAAGCAAGUCAGGAAUUUCUGGAAUUCUUUACGUCACAAAUUUCCGAGUGUCAUUUCUUACCAUGUAUUCUUCCACUGAAACACCACUGAGUUCUGUUUUUCAGUCAAAUCCAGACCUAACUCAAGGUGGAAUAAAUGCAGAAAUCCAACAAGAACUCCACAUCCCACAAACCUGCAUACAAGAUCUUUACUAUCAAACUUCUAAAUCAGGCACCAAGCUUAAGAAGCUCCUUCCAAAUAAGAAAGUUGCUUCCAAGAUACAGCUAAUCCAGAUUCACUGCAAAGACUUUAGAGUGAUUGAGUUUGGCUUAAAGUUCACCCCUAAAGAUGAACAAACAGUUAUUGCUCAUGCAUUAACACGUUAUGCAUACCCUUCAUCAAUGUCAUUGCUGUUUGCUGUAAAUUAUAGUGCAGCUAUCUCAAAGGAACAGCUGGAUGAUAAUCAGUCUGUAAAUACCAUACUAAGUUUCAGGACAUUACCUGAUUGGUUAAGUGAACUAUCACGGCUGAAAGUUGAUGACACUUGGAGAGUUGUCAAUGCUAAUGAUAAUUUUAAGACCUGUCCAAAUCAGUCACAAUUUUUUGUCUGUUUAGCUUCACUGACAGACUCUGAUAUCAAUCGCAUGUCAUUACAUUAUAUUGAGUCUCGCUUUCCUGUAUGGUGCUGGAGCCGCCCUUCAACUGGUGUACCAAUACUGUAUAGUGCUUCAGGCAGACCAGAAAGCAUAUUUUUGGGAAAAGAAGAAACAUCAUUGUUCCGGGCCUUAUCCACUCUGCCCUGUAACCCAGAACAUAAGGAAGUCUUGGUAGUUGAUGUUGCUAAGAUGUGCCCUACAAUUCAAGACCUUGCAUUGAGCUUUCUCAAGGUCAGAGAGCUUUGUGUGUUGGAAACAACCAAGUCAUUCUGGAGUAUGGAUCCCAACUGGCUUUCAAGUCUUGAUGCUGCAAAGUGGCUUUCUUACAUCCGAGCAUCUAUAGUUUCUGCUGUAGAAGUGGCAAAAGCUGUGUGUGAUGAUGGUCGUCCAGUCAUCGUCAAGGAGAUGAAUGGGAGAGAUAUGGUUCUCGUGGUGGCUUCCCUGGCACAGUUAAUUCUAGAUAACUACUACCGCACCAUCAGAGGAUUCCAAACAUUACUACAGAAGAUGUGGGUCCUUGGAGGGCAUCCUUUUAAUAAACGAUGUGGACAUAUUAAAAAACAACCCAAACAGGAAAGUGAAAAAGAGGAUAACCAGGAGUCGCCCGUCUUUCUUCAUUUCCUUGACUGUGUCUACCAGCUCAUGAUACAGUUUCCCUCGGAAUUCGAGUUUUCGGAGUCGUACUUGCUUGGUCUUUUUGACAGCAUGCAUGCGUGUAUGUUUGAUACCUUCCUUUUUGACUGUGAAGAGCAACGCUAUAGUCUUUCUAAGGCGGAACUCGAUGGUGCCUCCAUGGCAUCGCUGUGGGACUUUUUAGCAGACCAGCUAGCAAACCCCAAGAUAACCUCAGCAUUUCUAAACCCACUGUAUGAGUUCGAAGAUUGUAAAAAAAGGUUUGAACAAAACAGAGGGACGGAGGCUAAAGAGCUGUACGAAGGAGUUAACUGUACUGCUCCUGCAAUGAAGUUUUGGUCGGGCUGCUAUCUUCGAUGGUUACCCACUGUUCACGUUAGUAUUGGAAUGGGCGAAAACUCAGCGUCACACCUACAGCAAAUGAUUCUGAUGAACGAAGUCAAAGUUCUGCGUCAUCGUAUGGCAGUUCUUUCCUCUGAUAAAGACAACUCAGAGAAAGAAUCAACGGAGGAUGAAAGUCCAUCAGAAGCCGCAGAAAAUUACUGGGAAACAGACAUGAAUUUUACUCUUGAUUUGGAGAGCAGUAAGCUACUGACGCCGAGCCUACCAUUUAUUGGAGACUUGGCGCUUAGCAAAUAUUGUUCUGGAGAAAUGCCACAGCCUGCAAUGGAAAAAUCCACUGACAUUGGAAAUUUUUAGUUUUAGAAUCUCUGAAGUGGUUUGAAUGUUGUUUUUUUUAAAUAGUUUAUUCGAUGACAUUGAAGAUUGGACUUCGAAGGAUUGAACUUGAAAUUUAUACAACCGUAGACUUUUGUCGUAAUUUUACAUAUUGUUAGUAUAUCAAAUAGCAUUUAGAGUGCAAACUACAUAAGCAUAAAGGACAAACUAAUUCGAACAAUUUUCAGAUGAAUGCAUAACAUUUAUUACAAAAGUGAAAUUGUUUUAACGGAAGAAGGUACAGUACUCCAGUUUCUCAUUGUGAUUGAGUAUAAUUGCCAUUUAAAAAUCUUCCCACAUGGAGAAUACAACAUUGAAAUAUUUCAUCGACUUUGGAUUAGAUAACUUCACAGCGAAGUCUCAAGAAGAGCCGUGCAAAUUCUUGGUGUCUUGUGUUUGGGAGUAGCUUGUGGACAUUCCUUUCUAUGGAGAAGGGUCUUUCCAAUGUAAAGAACCGCAAACAUCAGAAAUGGCGAGUCUGAGAGAGGAAUGAAUGGAUAGUGACACCAUUCUUUUCUCAAAUCCUAACGAUAAAUUCCAAUUCAGUUAGCGAGUUAGCCAUGCCCUGAACUUUAACCAGCCCAUUUAAACUUUAUCCAUUAUUCCGGAGGGUAUUGACAUAAUAUUUGAAGGUUUUUUAUGCAAGUUUACGAUGAGGACUUCAAACUUUCAAACCUGGGAAGAGACUCAAUUCUUUAAAAAUCUCGUGAGUUUUAUGGCGCGCGCCGCGCGAGCAUGUGCAAUGCCACAACUCGAAGAAUUUUUACUUUGAUGGUUUCCAGCAAAAGGUUUGUCGCACGCGUUAUCUUUUUGACGCGAAACUCCAAAACUGUACUCUAAUAACAGGUUUUCGUAGUUUUAGAGAUGUUUUAUCAUACAAAGCUAAAGACAUUGACAAAAUACAAACAAGUUUGGUGUUCACCAAAAUCGAAAAUUUUUAGUUUCUGUAGUAUCCUUUAAUUUUCUGUCAUUCGAAAACUUCUAAUUCACUGUGAAAAGCUAGACUUUAAUUUUUAUUUUUWAAAAAAUUAAUUGACCAAUCCUUUUGACGAAUCGGUGCUAUGGUAACGUUAUACGUGACCAGUUUAUAACUUAAAUAAAGAGGCAUGGGGCUAACAACAGUUACAAUGAAUCUGAUAAACAUUGUACUGAUAGCCCAGUCACCUUCUUUGAAAUAAAUAUGAAAUCAUUAAAGUAAAUAAAAGGCCA